GCCUCACUGAUAGCUACAACAAUACAACUGGAACAAUAUUUAGAAUGUGUAAUCACAAACAGUUUGGUAACCAAAAGAGGUGAUUAAAAUUUUGAAUACUGCGCAUUGAAAGAUUAGGAACAUUUGUUAAAAUACAGUUGUUUGCUAUUUUGUUGAAUAAGGUCUACGAAACUCAGUGGUUUAAAACAGAAGUUUGAAGACUCCAGCAAAUGUUGACUCAAGCAGCUCAAGCAGUGCUCCCCAUGACCCCUCAAACUCAGAAAAUGCAUACGUCGUAUUGCAUCCUGAAACUUCUAUGGAUCAUGAGAAUCCUGGUGAUACUAUGUAUUUCCUCGUGUUCAGAACUGUGCAUAUAUGAUGUCCACGGGAACAGUAUGGUCCACACACUGGAUCCUAAAACAGUUACAACACUUGAUUUCAAAUCACGUACUGAUUUAAAGAUCCGCUUUACUGACAAAUUGAACAAAACACAAAUCAUAGCAGAGUGCGACACGCAUUUAAAUACAUGUUACAUGCUUACCCACUCUCUUGGAAAAUACUAUUCUGUGUCAUAUACUGGUGAAGGAGCAAUGUUGAACAUUGUAAAGGUCACAGGAAAAACACUUGGAACAUAUUCCUUCUGCGAAAAUCUUAUUUUGACAAGUUGUGUCAGCACAGAAAUAGUGGACAUAACAGCAACGGAUACAAGUAAUUCUGAUAACAGUUCAGAACACAUCGACAACAAUCGAGGCGUUGAGAACGUGUGUUGCCAAUCCCAAACAUACGUUGGAUCUCUUGGGGCUGUGCAGGCAGUACAUUUAGCCAUAAGCGUACUUAUCGGCGUAUUUAUUAUAUGGGAAAAGUUUUCCAUAAAAGGUCGUUUAUGUCGACGCUUUAGAAAAAAGUCACAAAAGACCAUUAGGAAAGAGGAAGACAUUCGUACAGACAUGCUCAUGCUAGCAUGAUUACUGAUGCAAAAGAGCAGUUCAUAUCGGAUGCAGCAGAAAAGGCAGUAGAAAACAUACUUGAAGUCGAAGGAAGGCAAUCAAACAAAGCUGAAAGGACACCGCAUGAAAACAGAAAAUUAAUAGUUUUAGAAAACAACACAAACAUAGAUGUUAUUGGAAUUACGCAAAGAUGAUAAAAUAUGAUAAAAAUUAUCGAACGUUUACAAAUUAUGAACGCCAAAACAAUAACAAUUAGUGCAACAUUUAUUUUUCAAGCAGCGAAAUUGCGAAGUGAAUUAUAUUAUCAAUAGUGUUUCGCCAUAUAUUAAUGUCUAGUAAAGCAUUAGAUCUCGUAGAUAUUUUUGGAUGUUAUAUGAAUAAAUCUCCCAAAACAGAAGAACAAAAAGCUUUGAUUGUUUUCCACAUAAAAAUUAGAUUUUUUUCUAUCAAUAAAAGUUUAUCAAAAGUCCGCACAAAUACGUUAGUAUAUCUUAAAAUCGAUAACUAAGCAAACACAAAAUAUAAGGAAUUCAUGAAGUUUGACAUUUGAAAAGUCAACAGAAGUAAAGCUAUGUCUGUUUUAACUGAUAGACACAGUAUAACGGUUUACAUUUCUGGCUUCGCACAUUUGGCUGCACGCUUUAUCAACUUCACAACUGUUUAAAAGUAAUUAUAUGAUGUUACAGUACUUAUUAUAAUAUAACAAGUAUUAUUUUUGUGAAAAUGUAUUAUAACGGAUAGCAAUGUAGUUUUAACAAAUUGUAUUGUACUGAUGACCAUCGUGUGUUUUUUAACCUACUUUUGUAUUCCAUUUAUAGCUGUUUAAUGCAUACUGAAUAAGCCAUAAAUUUUGUUUUACCAAUCAAAUAAUAUAUUUGACUUAAAUACACAUAAUUAAUUACAUGAAAAUAGUGCGAUAAUAGAAAAACUAGAGUAUAUAUAUAUAAUUACCUAUGGUAUAUAGAGAAUAAUAGGUUACUGCCCUUCUUUCGUUGAAAUACGAAAAAGGCGAUACUUCAAGAGCUUGAUAUAGUACCCAAAGAAAGUAUAUUAACAUUUUCGUGUUAAUCAUACAUAUACGCCAACAUAUUUAAAGAAAAAAAAAUGUAAUCGUAACGACAUAAACUUUAAAUUUUAGAAUAAGAGAAUAUGAUGUAUGUUGUUUUACGUGUUUUACAUGACGUAAUGAGCAUUUGCACUUACUAUUUGUGAAACACGUUUUGUUUGUUUGUUUGUUUGCUGUUUUUGUUGCUUUCUGUGUUUAAACUGUAAUACUGCUUGGUAUAAAAUGGUUUAUUUUAUUCGUUUCAUACGGUUCUACUGAACAUAAGAACUUCAUAGUUUAGGAUGUGACGUUUCGCCAAACAUCGAUUGAUAUUAAAACCUUCUGACCUUAAUUUGGAAUGCUAUAGUUUCUUCCUUUUAAAUUUGCAAUAGUGUUUCCAUAAAAUAUAUAGUAUAUAUAGUUUUUCUGAAAAUAGCACUGCAAUAACCGCAACAGACCCUAAGUUCAUGUUUUAUAUGGGGGAGGGUAUAUACAGAAAUCAUCGUGUCGUUGGUGGGGCAGUUUGAUCGUUGGUCGGCCUGCACGCUUCGCAUGUGUAUAUUUUAUGUCGUGAACUUUUCACUCAGUUUUGUAACACGAAACUGUAUGACUAUGUUGUUAAGUAUAUGUUCUAUCGUGUAUGUCGCAAUAUUCUUGCAGAGUUAUGUGCCCUAGAAUCCCAAAAGUAUCUCAGUUUAUUGUUUAUCAACAUGAAACUUUAUAGAUAUGUUGAUUAUUGUAUGCACAUGCUAUACGUUAUUUUCACGUACGUUUAAUUGCAUAAUUAUGUGCCCUUAAACGUAGGCAACUCUGGGAUACUUAAAUCAUUGUACAUAUGAACAUCGCGUCAUGAACAUUUGUGUGUGUAUAAAAAGGAAAUUUUAUAAGAGUGUCGUUUAUGCUACGUAGACGUUCAACAUUUCAUGUUUUUGUAUGUCACAUUAUUUGUUGCAGAGUUAUGUGCCCUUGAAUGUUCAAUAAAUCAGCGUAAAUUUCUAUGUCUUAAAGUGUGAUCAAUAUGAGGAAGCGAACAUUUUGAGAUACACUUAUUAUACCCAAAAUUUGCACCUGCUUGAAAAGAAAAAUUGCGGGUGUUUUUGUCAGCUUCAAUAACUGCUCUAGUAUUAUAUAUUGUUUGUCAUUUGUAUGUUGUAUUAUGUAAUUAGUAGUAUUCAUUCCAUACAGAUUAUCAAGAUGA